CACAGUUACAAUUUGCCGGGGAGACCGGGCAGGAGGACGGCUUCAUGACUUUGUGUUUCGUUGCAAGAGGGUAAAACCGUGAGCAUUAUAAAACGAAUCCUAUGCAAUGCGUAAACAAGGAAAGCGAAUGUCUGUGGAGAAUUGAUAAAGAUGAAGACAGAAAAAAGAAAGUCUGUAUUUUUGAAUUGUGCCUCAUUAUUUGUUCAAGAUCUCAUCGCCCAUCGAUUAGUUGUGCCGUAAACUAAUUCCAGAUACUCCACAACGGGGUGCCAGAAAUAUACCUAUUGUUCACUCCCCUUACAUAAUAGUUUUGUUCUGGAGAGGGGAUUUGACCAAUCGAAUCUUCAUUAUGCAAGGAUAAUAGAAAUGGGUGCAAUCGAACCGAAAAGGAUAAUCUCAGUAUUGAUGGACGUUAAAUGGAAAUGUGGGGCUAUUCGCGCUAAGUUGGCAACGGGAUAAACAUCGCGUACUCUUUAAGAAAACUCGUCAACAGCUUGUUAGCAUAGUAGUUCUAUAUUUACCAUCAGUGUAUUAAGUGAGUGUUGGAGACAUUAGUUUCUCUUUCUCACAGUGUCAACCCAUUUUUCUCGUGAAAUAGUCUGGAUACUAAAGGGAUAACGACCUAAUUAGACACGUGGAAUCUAUUUUUCAAGACUAUAAGUAGAGAAUAUAUUCUAGUCAUCUGUCUUUGUUGGCAUGACCAUUUAACAACUGUUUAUUCUUAUAUCAGUUAAGAUCACGCCAGUACCACCGGCACAAGUGCCAAUCUUGAACAAAACUAUUAUACCACAAUCUGUGGUUUGGAGAGGCGAUGUGACUUCAUUCAACGGCUCAUUAUACGUUCCAUGAUUAGUGAUUAACACUGACAUUGAACAAAGUGCAUUGAUUGGGAUUUCUAAUCUGAGUGGAUCCUUUGUGACGCGCGAGGACCACUUAAAGUGGAAAUUGAUAUAAGAUUGCGAAGUCCAUCUAGGUUCUUCUGAUAAUACUUCUUGAAGACUAAGAGAGUAUAAAGCACGAUGUUGGCCAAGAAGCUCCUGAAGAUUGUUCGAGAACCCUCUGCCGUUUCCCAGAAGAGCGGUGAAGGCAACGAUUCUAGUGGCGACGGAACCAUCUCAGAGACGAGUGUGACCUCUACCAGACUCGGUGGCCUCUCUCGGAAAGGUUCGGUGUGGUCACAGGUAGCCAAGAAACUCUCGCAGAAGGAAACGCAGAAAGCCCUGGUGCCACGCGUCAAGUACGAGAACACCUAUCAACUCUCCCCGGAAGACAGCUGCAAAUUUGACGCCACCAAGGUGCAGAACUUCGUCGAGGAACUCCUGGCGAUACGCCUGAAAACGGAGGAGUACAACCCAAGGACGGUAUCUUCCCUGACGACGAACUUGUCGGACGUCAUCAAGGGGCGAAUCAAGAAGAUGGGGUUCAAGAGGCACAAGAUCGUCUGUCAUCUUGUUAUUGGAGAACAAAAUAGUCAAGAUAUGCAUGUCACAAGUCGCUGCGUCUGGGAUACUAACACGGAUAAUUCAGCAACGGCAAGGUACUCGAACACAUCACUUUUCGCCGUGGCGACUGUUUUUGCUGUGUACUUCGAGUAAAAAAAAAAGAUCUCAACAACCAGAGGAAUAAUUGCCAAGAACAUGAUCUUGAACCGCACAUUCACAGUACCGGUGAGUGUGACACACGGGUAUGUGCCCUAUAGAUUGGACGUCUUGGUAAAUGUUCCUCGGAAUAUUGAAAUGUCAAUGAAUAACAGUGGCAGAUAUCAUCUACAACUCCUUUCUGUACAGUGUUGUACUAUUGUUACGUUCGUGGAAUUCUUUGCAUGGGGUAUCUUUCCACUGUCAAAUAUAUUAUUACAAACUAGGAUGAACUUUCCAUUUAACAGCCGUUGGUGGCAUAUAAUUCAUGAAAAUAACCUACAUUAUGACGUUUUUAGUAAUAUAAUUAUGUUCUCAUUUAAUGUCUUCUAAAUUCUGAUUUGUAAUAUAGCAAAUUAUUUGUUCAAAUCAUUGUGAAAUCGAAUGUUUGAAUUGUAAUUAUUUAUGAUAUUGUCUAUUCGAAGCUAGAUUUUAAUGUUAUAUAUUCCGAUCUGGAAAUUUAUAUAUAAGACUUCCGAUUCUUGUCUCAUUAAAUUCGCCAGCAAGAAAUAUAAGCAGAGCGCCACCCUUUAAAAAAAAAAUCAUGCUGGCAUGUAAGUUGAAUUGAAUUUGGAUAAAGUUAAUAACAUAUUGAAAGUAAUUUGGACUCAUUUGAAUUUUAUUGACAAAUAAUGCAGAAACGAAAAAAUUAAAUACAAUGAAUGAUUUCAAACCGAGGUUGCUUGAAACUGUCUUUGGCUAAGGACCCUGAAUUCCCAACUGAAUCCGACUCAAGAUCUGGAAGUCGGGUCAUACCGGAGACAAUACAUUUGAUAUUGUACUUCUGCCUUCUAGUCAGGCCAUCGGCAUUUCAAAAUGUAGGGUGAUAUUAAUAACAUAUUAUAAUAACCCUUUUAUAUAAAACAUUUAUUACAAAUGAAAAAAUAAACAAACGAAUGACGUAAUCUGCUUGAAGUAAUUGUCAUCAUGUUAAUAUUAUUCAAUGAAAUAUAUGUGAGGGAAAUCAUCAUCAUUAUUUUUUUUUGAGUAAUCAAAGUCUUCAAAAACCUGUUCAAUAGAUAGUGAAAGUGAUCCAUUCUAAAAAAAAAAUGUAUGCUAAAAUCUGGUUCUAUGUUAUGAUGAGAUUUGCUUCAAAACAUCAAGGCCUAUUCCUAUUUUGCCAUUUAUCAUGCACUGAUCGACGAACAAAUGGGUAAUUGGGGGCCCCAUGGCCCCAAAAGUUUCACGACCAAGAAAGAGAAGGAGAAAAUGAAAGAAAAUGUAAGGGAAAGAGGUGAAUAUAUAUAAUAUAAGUUUAUGUAUAUUAUGUCAAUAUCUGUACAAAAAGAUAUGUAUUUUUGUAGGCCCUAUAUAAAGUGGUGCUUAAAUGUUAGUGAUCUUCAUCAGAAAUUGAAAACAAAGUUUUCAAGUUCUACCAUGUUUUAGAUAUUUAAUUAUUUAGAAGUCAGAUGAUAAAAUAUAACAUUUAAUAAAGUAUGUUUCGCUGAACCUUGUUGUUGUCUACAUUCAAGGAGUGCAUUUUGUGGUGGGGUUCACUAACAUUUUAGCACAACUAUACGCCUGGCCCCCUCAAAGUUUUUGUCUCAUUACGCAACUGCUUUUAUGAAAAAAGUUCCGGAUGCAUAUCAAAAGAAUCAACGGAUUAUUGAAGUCAUCACUACUUUUGGAACUUUCGAGAUGGCUUUGGGAAAUAUAUUCAAACCCACAUUGAGAAAUACAUUUACCAAGCAGGCCAACAGCAUGUGUGUGGAUCAUAUUCCUAAUUAAUUUGUAUAGAUGCAUAGAAGCCAUAAAAGCUUAUUUUAAAUCAAAUACUGAUCUAUAAUAAUUAAAUCGAAUCAUAUAUCCUAAAUGAAUAUCAUAAAUUUCUGAAAAUGUAUUUUGGCUGUAUAUAUGUGUAAUCCAAUCGGCUGAAUAUGAAAUAAAGAAAAUUCGAAGAUAAA